AUGCUCAGGCGUUCGAUACAUUGCCAUCAGCUUCUCUUUCUAACUCAAGUCUGGAUUUAUGGGAUUGCUGAUGCCGCAACAGAGGUUGUAGCAGUGUGCAAUGAGGAUGCAUCGCUCCCUUGUCAAGUUGUUCAGGAUCCACAGGUCACAUACAAGGAAAUCUCUUGGUAUAAGAUUGAUGAAAAGAGUGGAGACAUAUCAAAGGUAGAAUGGGAGAAGCUGCAGUAUAAUAAGGAACAGAAUUAUUUAGGACAACUUAAUUCAUCUUCAGAGAUCUCCAACAGCAAAUGGUAUUCUCUGAGGAUUAUAAAUACUACAAACUACAACAGUGGGACAUAUAAGUGCAUCUUGGAAACAUCAGAUAGAAAGUACAAUGAAAGUAAUACUAUUACAUUAAUAGUAAAAGGUUGUCCAGAGCAAUUAGAAGAAGCAACAUUUAAAAAGCACAAAGCAGAACUUGUGUUGCUGUGCUCACUUGGACUUUUCUAUUUGCUGCUCAUUUUUUUUACCUGCAGUUGCCUAAAGGACAACGGGUCUCAAGAUUUCCAUAAAUCCAGAAAAAGACACGUCACCAACAGCCUUCUCCUUAACAGUACCUAUCAAAAUAAUGACUCCAACAGCACUGGCAAAGACAAACUUAAUCAGCAGUCUCUGCCAGUUGAUUUUCUUCAACUGGUGGAGACUCAUCAAUAG